GCUUCAGCAUCUUUUGGGAGUGGUGACAGAGCCACAGAGGGCUGUGAGCUUGCCCGGCCCCGGGUAACGCUGGUGGUGGGUGGGCCUCCAGCUUGGAGCAGAGACCCCCCGCCAGGCAUCUGCAGACAGAGCUGGAUGGACCCAUGAAUAUGGAUUUAGCUGCUGGAAAGAUGGCUUGUUCUGCCUGCCCCAUGGACCCCAUCGACAGCUUUGAGCUCCUGGAUCUCCUGUUUGACCGGCAGGACGGCAUCCUGAGACACGUGGAGCUGGGCGACGACUGGGGCCACGUCAAGGACCAGCAGGUCCAGCCAAACCCUGACCCUGACGACUUCCUCAGCUCCAUCCUGGGCUCUGGAGACUCACUGCCCAGCUCCCCACUCUGGUCCCCCGAAGGCAGUGACAGUGGCAUCUCUGAAGACCUCCCCUCUGACCCCCAGGACACCCCUCCACGCAGCGGACCGGCCGCCUCCCCAGCCAGCUGCCAUCCUGCCCAGCCUGGCAAGGGACCCUGCCUCUCCGAUCAUCCUGGCAACUCUUGCCCCACCACACCCCCAGGGCCAGUGGUCCAAGUGCCUGAAGCCUCUGUGACCAUAGACCUGGAAAUGUGGAGUCCAGGAGGAACGACCUAUGCUGAGAAACAGGCUGACCCGGUGCACGUGCCCCCACGAUGCAAUCUCACCGUGAAAGACCUCCUCCUUUCGGGCAGCAGCGGGGACCUGCAACAGCAUCACCUGGGGGUCUCCCACCUCCUGAGACCUGGGGCUGAGCACUGUCAGGAGCUGGUGCUCACUGAGGAUGAGAAGAAGCUGCUGGCUAAAGAAGGCAUCACCCUGCCCACUCAGCUGCCCCUCACUAAAUACGAGGAGCGAGUGCUGAAAAAAAUCCGCCGGAAAAUCCGGAACAAGCAGUCGGCCCAAGAAAGCAGGAAGAAGAAAAAGGCCAUUGUGGUGCAAUCCACCAGCAAGUCAGCCCAGGCAGGCACCUGUGUCGCGGUUCUGUUGCUGUCCUUUGCCCUCAUCAUCCUCCCCUCCAUCAGCCCUUUUGGCCCCAACAAAGCCGAGAGUCCCGGGGACUUUGCGCCUGUGCGAGUGUUCUCCAGAACUUUGCACAACGAUGCUGCCUCCCGCGUGACCUCUGAUGCUGUGCCGGGCUCCGAGGCCCCAGGACCCCAACCCAAGGCUGACACAACCCAAGAAGGGUCUCCAGGAAGCCCUGGGGCAGACUGGGGCUUCCAGGACAGUGCAAACCUGACCAAUUCGACGGAGGAGGUAGACAAUGCCACCCUGAUCCUGAGGAAUGCAACAGAGGGGCUGGGCCAGGUCACCCUGCUGGACUGGGUGGCGCCUGGGCAGCACUGGCUCAGGACGUGCAGGGCUGGAGGCGGCGGGAGACGCUGUGAGCCCCGCCAGGACUAUGCUCCCAGGCCCCUCUGCCCAGGGGUGCCUUAGGGAUGCUGCGCUGGACAGCGACCCACCUGGGAAUGGGACGUGAGGCCGAGACCCCAGCAGAGAUGCCAGAAUGGAGCAGGCACAGCUAACAGCCACACACCCAGGGCCUGA